AUGGAGUCACACGGAAAGAGGCGUGACUCUGACAUUGACAAGGAUUCCGCUGACGCCAUAGUCUUCUGUCAGCCGUGUGGCGAGGGCGGUAAAUGCGCUGUGGCCCAGGGAUUCUGUCCAACCUGCGAGGAGUACAUCUGUGCUCCCUGUAUCGAAUACCAUAAUAGAUUGAAGAUCUCCAAGAACCACAUUCUGCUACCCAAAGACAAGAUGCCGACCUUCUACCCAUCCACCAAACAGUCAGCUAUCAGCGACACCGAAUAUUGUAAACUACAUCCGACAGAGAUGAUCAAGUUUUACUGCCCGAACCACUGUGACCUUGGCUGUUGUUACUGUGUCGAACUCGACCAUCGCAGCUGUAAAGUCGAUUACAUUGCUGAAGUGGCUACAGAUUUUGUAAUCGGAAACGAAUUCAGAGAGCUUGGACCAGCGAUUAAACAAGAAGACGAUAUUCUAUCUGGGUACAUAAGUAAUGUCAAGGAGCUUUUGGGUGAAGUUGAAAACCAGUCUAAAGAUGAGAUCGACAGACUAAGGAAGUUCCGGGAAGAUAUAAACACCUACCUAGACCGCCGCGAGAAGGAAAUGCUCGACCACCUCCAGAGAGUGAAGAACGAGGAUGAAAACGUGCUGACUGCAUUUAUGACCGAUUGUCAGUCAAAGAAAUCGGAUCUUGAGGUCAUUUGGACGGAGAUGUGUACCGAAAACGUAUCGGUAAACCAGCGGUUCGUUGCAGCAAUGAAAGCCCAGAAGGAGCUACGGGAGAUAAAAAAUGUGAUGGUAAAAAAGGCUGGCAUGAUGACUGCCCGCGAGUGCCGGUUUACUAAGGACUCGGACACGGAGCGUCUUCUGGGAUCGAAUAUUGGCCUCGGAACACUGGACGUUGUGGAAGGGUUUCGUAGGGGACUGGCUCCAGUUCCUGACCUUUCUACUCUGACAUGGAAGAAGGAGAAGGACAUCAACGUUAGAACGUCGCAAGACAAGAACACCUGCAGUAUCACGAGCUCCGCCCUGAUCUCUCCAGGUCUAUUCCUCCUGACUGACGACAGUAAUCACAGUGUCAAACUGGUGGACGCCACCACCCGCACCGUCACGUCCCGCCUGCAACUGCCAGGCGCGCCCUGGGACGUGUGUUUGCUCCCCGGUGACCAGGCCGCUGUCACUCUCCAAUACAAGUCCAUCAUACAACUGAUAUCGACAAAGGAAGAACGAUUGUCGUGUGGAAAGGAAAUUAAAAUGGCAACAGCGUGUAAGGGUAUUGCGUAUUACAACAAUAGAUUAUACGUUUCUUACAUCUUAGAACCACGUAUUGAAGUUAUUACAUUGGAUGGCCAUAUAAUACGAAAAUUCCAAAGACUGCUUUUCCAAUACCCACAAUACCUGACUGUAUCAGCUUCUACACCACCAACCCUGUACGUAUCUGACUACAAUGCCGACACCGUUCUUCAGCUGUCUCAAGACGGGAAGGUCUUAGUAGAUUACAGGAACAAGAAGUUAAAUCGUCCCGAGUCCGUCGUAGCGGUUGGUCCGGGUCAGCUGCUCGUGUGUGGCAAUGGCAGCGACAAUGUGAUGCUCCUGACUGAGAGGAACGGCACGAUGACGGAAAUACUGGGUGAGAAGAAUAGGCUGACCAGUCCCUACUCUGUGUCCUUCUGUCCUCAAACACGUGCCAUCGUUGUCGGGAUGUUAGAGAAUGACUCAUUAAAGGUAUUUAAUGCAAACUGA